AUGUCUAAUAAUCAAGAAGAAGACACAACCGAAGAAUUUCGACAACCUCCCAGUUCCAAACCUCCAAAUGCAAGCAAUGUUAGGGGAGAUGAGGCGCAGCAUGGUGGGCGUGGUCCGUGGCGGAAUGUUGAUGGAGAGGCGGAGUCGGAGGAGUUUGAUGAGCAAUAUUUGAACCGAGGCAGGAUUGAGCGUGGGUAUAGAAAUAGAGAAGCUAGGAUGGGUAGGCCUAGGAGGGAUAACGAUUUAGGAAAUAUAAAGAUUAAAAUCUCAUCUUUUCAAGGUAAAAAUGAUCCUGAAGUUUAUUUGGAGUGGGAAACUAAAAUGGAGAUGGUUUUUGAUUGUCACAACUACUCAGAGAUAAAGAAGGUUAAGUUGGCUGCAAUUGAAUUUACCGAUUAUGCCAUUGUGUGGUGGGAUCAAUUACUGAUUAAUAGGAGGAGGAAUAGAGAGCCACCCGUGGACACUUGGGAGGAAAUGAAAAUGCUUAUGAGGAAGCGUUUUGUACCCAGCCACUAUUAUAGGGGAUUGUAUCAAAAAUUACAGAGGUUAAUUCAAGGAUCUAAAAGUGUGGAUGAGUAUUACAAAGAGAUGGAGGUAGCUAUGAUCCGGGCUAAUGUAGAAGAGGACCGGGAAGCCACCAUGGCUAGGUUUUUGCACGGUUUAAAUCGUGAGAUUGCGGAUAUAGUCGAGAUGCAGCACUAUGUUGAGUUGACAGAUAUGGUGCAUCAAGCCAUAAAGGUGGAGGAACAAUUCAAACGAAAGGGAUUGGCUAGGAGGGGACUGCCUAUGGCUACAACCAGCUCGUGGAAGACAACUCCAAAAAGGGAUGAGCAGCAACAAAAUAAGCCAAAAUUUGAAUCCUCUAAGAAUGCCAACUUAAAGACCGCCACUACUUCAGGUACAAUCGAGACUUCAAGUUCUAAAACACGUGAUAUUAAAUGUUUUAAAUGUCAGGGGCGCGGACAUAUAGCCAGCCAGUGUGUAAACAAGAGGGUGAUGGUGAUAAAUGCCCAAGGAGAGCUUGAGUCAGAAAAUGAGGAAGAAGUAGAUAAUGAUGAUAUGCCAUCUAUGGAGGAUGCUGACGAUGAGCAAAAUGCUGUGGUUGGAGAUUUAUUGGUUGCAAGGCGAGUUCUCAAUGUGCAGGUUAAGGAGGAAGAAAGUAACCAAAGGGAGAACUUGUUUCAUACUCGGUGCUUUGUAAAUAACAAAGUUUGCAGUGUCAUUAUUGAUGGUGGGAGUUGCACAAAUGUAGCCAGCACUUAUUUGGUGGAGAAAUUGGCUUUAACUACCUUGAAACAUCCUCAACCUUACCGGCUUCAGUGGUUGAAUGAAUGUGGGGAAAUCAAGGUGACAAGACAAGUGUUGGUGGCAUUAUCCAUUGGCAAAUAUGAGGAUGAGGUGCUUUGUGAUGUGGUUCCUAUGCACGCAUGCCAUUUACUGUUGGGAAGACCAUGGCAGUAUGAUCUGAGGGUUACGCAUGAUGGAUUCACAAAUAAGUAUUCCUUCACUCUUAAUAGGCAACCUAUUACUCUUGUGCCAUUAACUCCAAAACAGGAGGCUCUUUUAUGUACUAAUGAUCUCGUCGGUGCUUUGCCGAGCAAUAUUGUUUCUCUUUUGCAGGAGUUUGAAGAUGUCCUUUCUGAAGAGGUACCUUAUGGUUUACCUCCAAUCCGAGGGAUUGAACAUCAAAUUGAUUUCAUACCUGGUGCAUCAAUUCCAAACCGACCUGCUUAUAGGAGUAAUCCCGAGGAGACCAAGGAACUUCAGAGGCAAGUAAGUGAAUUAUUGGAGAAGGGGUUUGUGCGUGAAAGUAUGAGUCCUUGUGCGGUUCCGGUGCUGUUAGUUCCCAAGAAGGAUGGAACAUGGAGGAUGUGUGUUGACUGCCGAGCCAUCAACAACAUAACGGUAAAGUAUCGUCAUCCCAUUCCUAGACUAGAUGAUAUGCUGGAUGAAUUGCAUGGUUCUUGUGUCUUUACAAAAAUUGAUCUUAAGAGUGGAUAUCAUCAUAUUAGGAUGAAAGAAGGUGAUGAAUGGAAAACUGUUUUUAAGACAAAGUAUGGUUUGUAUGAGUGGUUAGUGAUGCCUUUCGGUUUAACUAAUGCUCCGAGCACAUUUAUGCGUUUGAUGAACCAUGUUUUGCGAGCAUUUAUUGGCAGAUUUGUAGUUGUUAAGAGAGGAAUUGAGGUGGAUGAGGAAAAGGUGAAGGCAAUCCAAGAGUGGUCAACGCCUACAACACAUUUGAAAGGACAGCAAAGGUUGAACAAACGCCAUGCCAAGUGGGUGGAAUUCAUUAAAAUAUUUCCGUAUGUGAUCAGAUAUAAGCAAGGUAAGGAAAAUGUGGUGGCUGAUGCAUUGUCCCGAAGGUAUGCCUUACUUUCCAUUUUAGAUACAAAAAUGCUUGGCUUUGAAUACAUUAAGGAAUUGUAUGCUCAAGAUUCUGAUUUUGGUGAUGUGUUCAAUGCAUGUGAAAAAAUGGUGUUUGGUAAGUUUUAUAGGUAUGAUGGAUUUUUGUUUCGGGAAAAUAAACUGUGUUUGCCAAUAUGUUCUUUGCGCGAAUUGCUUGUGAGAGAAGCUCAUGGUGGUGGUUUGAUGGGUCAUUUUGGUGUAGCUAAGACUUUAGGAAUUUUGCAUGAACAUUUUUUUUGGCCUCAUAUGAAACGUGAUGUGGAAAGAAUUUGUGAGAAGUGUAUUACGUGUAAACAGGCUAAGUCUAAGUUGAAAUCCCAUGGUUUGUACACCCCUUUGCCAAUACCUAGUGAACCUUGGACUGAUAUUUCUAUGGAUUUUGUUUUAGGUUUACCUAGGACUAAGAGGGGGAGAGAUUCAGUUUUUGUGGUGGUAGAUAGAUUUUCCAAGAUGGCACACUUUAUUGCAUGUCAUAAAACUGAUGAUGCAUCACAUAUAGCUGAUUUGUGA